UGAAUGGAGGCAAAGCUUUUAGUGCUACUCGCGCAAGCACCGAAGAGAAGUUGAAUGGACUUGCGAUGCGACGCGCCAGUGAAGAAACAGUGCGAAUUUUUACUAACUUUUGAAUUAAACAAGAACAAGACAGUAAAAUCGCAGUUUAAGGACUUAGAAAUCCGAGUGUUGGUGGAUUUUUAUAUCGAAAAGUUUCAACAACUGGAAACUUCGCUGAAAGACCGAAAUAAUUUCAAAAUAGUCUCAUGUACACCCCGAAACUUUCCCAAAUGGACAUCUCUGAGAACUCUACGUAUCUCUUCGACAAACACGAAGACAGAAACAACACCGAUCGGGACGAAAACCUCGCCCGCGUGGAGGUUGCCACCCUUGCCAUCAUAUUUCUUGUCACCGUCAUCGGGAACAGCACAGUAUUACUGGCUUUAUGGACCCGCCGAAGAUACGCCGGUCGCAAGAAACUCUCCCGAAUGUACUUCUUUAUCUUACAUCUGAGCAUCGCCGAUUUGAUCACGGCUUUUCUCAGCGUACUGCCGCAGCUGGCCUGGGACAUAACUUAUAGAUUCUACGGAGGUUUCCUUCUCUGUAAAGUCGUUAAAUAUGGACAGACUUUAGGUCCGUAUCUGAGCUCGUACGUGCUGAUGGCGACGGCCAUUGAUCGCCAUCAGGCCAUUUGUUACCCUUUGACCUACUGCUCGUGGACUUCCAGGAGGUCGAAAGUUAUGGUGUAUCUGGCGUGGGUGGCCAGCCUCGCCUUCUGUAUUCCACAGCUGACGAUCUUCACAUACACGAGCGUCGGAGAAGACGAAUACGACUGCUGGGCCACUUUCCAAGAACCAUGGGGUAAAAGAGCUUACGUCACAUGGUACAGCAUUUCUGUGUUCAUGGUGCCGUUGGUGGUUCUAAUUUUCACGUAUACGUCGAUUUGUAUCGAGAUUUGGCAAAGCUCGGAAUCGAGUCUGCGACCACGAAGCUCUCAGAAAUCAGCACCUGGGAAACGUACCCCUUUGAUCUCUCGAGCGAAGAUUAAUACUGUCAAGCAGACUAUUGCCGUCAUUGUAAUGUAUAUAGCGUGCUCGACUCCGUUCAUUCUAGCACAACUAUGGGCCACUUGGGACCCCCAAAGCCCCUUCAUCGACGGCCCGGUGUUUGUAAUCUUAACGCUCCUCUACUCGCUAAACAGCUGUGUAAAUCCUUGGAUUUAUCUGGCAUUCAACCGGGAGUUGCCGCGCCUCCUGCUCCGUCACUACACGGCUUCCAGCAAGAACUACCGUUCUGCGACCGGAGGUGACGCGCAGAGCACGUCAUUGCGGCCGUUCUCGCGCUGGUCGCUCUGCAACAGCGCCAGGUCCAACAAGUACCCCACGAGGGUGCCGCACAGGCCCUACGUCGCCCAGUACAACGCCCGCCGGUGGAUCGUCACGACGACCACCUGAAAUACGGAGACCGGUGGUCUGCCAGACCACGACAUCGACGAUAUUUCCGGCUCCUCGCUGCUGGAAAUCAGCGAGCUGACGACCGAAUUGACAGAAAUGGAAUCUGUGAUGUGACAGCACGACGAUGCUACUUGUACCUGACCUCAAGGAACUAUUUAUUUGUAAUUUUGCGUGUUUUCGAGUUUUAAAUAGUACGAAAGUCCACUUCUGUCCACUCCCAUACGUGUAAUUUUGUACUUUUGAUGUGAUACUUGUUAACUCCGAAGAUACAUUAUUCUUGUUUCUGGGUUACUCAAAUGUUGUGAGAUUUCAUAUUUUAUAAGGAAAUAUUAUAUAAUUUGCUGUAAUAUUUUUCUAAAUAAAUUCAACUUGCAUACA